AUGACAUGGGCAAAUUGCACCAUUACUUUAAACAGUGAUUCUACGGGUAGCUUUUAUACUGGUGAUAUAGUGACAGGAACAAUCGUGUUGGAAUGUAAAAAAGAUCAGAAGAUUAAAAGAAUCAAUUUAAAAGUCGUUGGAACAUGCAAGGCUUCAUGGACUAGGUCUGCACCGACGAUUCCUUACAUUAAAAUUUACUCAGAGAAAAGAAAAGUUUUAUCUGUGACCAUAAGUGAUAUAUUCAGGGAAUAUUUUCACGGUGAAACAAUACCCGCUGGCAUUCAUCGGUAUCCCUUUCAUUUUGCUUUACCGAGGGACUUACCUUCGACUUUUGAAAGUUCACUAUCCAAAACCGUUUAUUAUUUAAAAUUGAAAAGUAAACCAGCCUAUAAAAUCCGGCAAAUCAUGGAAUUCAAUGUCCUAGGCAACAUAAAUUUAAAUCAUGUUGAAGAAAUGUUGAUACCUUGUUUUCACGAAUUCAGUAAGACAUUUCGGAAUAGUGGAAAUUUUGCUAUCUCUAUUAAAACUUAUCGAGCGUUUGCUCCAAAACAAACAGUUCCAUUCGAAAUAACGAUUAAUAAUGAAAAAAAAGCGAGAGUCAAUAACAUUAGUAUAUCUUUAAUACAGAAAGUGAAACAUAAUAUAUCAUCAGGAUACGCCAACGAAACAAGAAAAAUAUACAAAGUGGAACAUAAAAAGUUUACUCGCGAUGUAGCUGAAAUUUGUUAUAUUCAUAUGAAAAUACCUCAAACAACACCUUCUAGUCUUCAAUUAAGUGAUCCAAUGAUAGAUAUUUCCUAUAUUUUUCAGGUUGAAGUCAAAUUCAUAUUACAUUCAUCACUGCUUGAGGAAAUUCCUGUUACUGUUACUACAGUGCCAGUUAUUCAUUCCGAUUUUUAA